UUUCCUUGCGCAUGCGCAGAGCGGAACUACAAGAUGGCGGCCUCCGUGAGCAGCGUUGCUGUGACACUGAGCAAAUCUGUGUGGAAUAAAAACAGUUUAAUUCACACCUUUAGGAGAAUUUCUACUACUGCAGCCUGUUUACGGACACACAGCAGCUCAGAGAGUGGAGGUUCUUCUGUAACCGAGAGCACAGAUGAGUUCUGCUUUGUGGAGCGACUGAUUCCUCCAACACGCGUCCCACCUCCACCCAAACACACCGGCCCCGCCCCAUCAGGAUGGACUCCACCCUCAGAAACGCCUCCGUCGCUGCCCUACAUGAUCCGACGCUCCCGAAUGCACAAUAUUCCCGUUUACUCCGACAUCAAACACGGAAACCAGAAGAGCACCAUCGUGCGUAAGGUGGAGGGAGACAUCUGGGCUCUCAAUAAGGAUGUAAAAGAACAUCUGCAGCAGCUGACGGGCAGAGAGCUGCCCACCACGGUCAACGAGGUCACCAUGAGCAUCCGCAUUAAAGGCCAGUUCGAUACGGAGCUGAAGGAAUGGCUGCUGAAGCUGGGCUUCUGAUCAGCACUGUAUUAUUAUUAUUAUUAUUAUUAUUAAACCUAUCUGAGUGUGAUUAAUACAGAAAACUGAUGCAGAGAAAUCUGAUUAACUCUGUUUUACACCAGUUGUUUUUCCUGUUGUGUACAGC